AUGGCCCGCAAUGAGAUGCGUUCCUAUGUCUACAACAGGCAUAUCUUCCACUACUCGAUCGAGGACGGGAUGGUGUACAUGUGCAUGGCAGAUGAGGACAUGUCGCGGCGCAUUCCGUUUGCUUUCCUCGCCGACAUCAAGAACCGGUGGAAGGCUACGUACGGGUCGCGUGGGCGGUCGGCGAUGGCGUACGGGAUGAAUGAUGAGUUCUCCCGGGUCCUCUCCAAGCAGAUGGACUACUACUCGCACAACCCGGAGGCCGACCGCAUCAACCAGGUCAAGGGCGGGCUCGAGGACGUCAAGUCGAUCAUGGUCUCCAACAUCGAGAAGGUGCUUGAGCGCGGCGAGCGCAUCGAACUCCUGGUUGACAAGACCGAUGCGCUCUCGAGCUCAGCACUCAACUUUAAGAACAAGUCCAGAACGCUCAAGCGCCACAUGUGGUGGAAGAACGCAAAGCUGACCAUCAUCAUCGCCGUGGUCGUCAUCCUCAUCUUCUACUUUAUCCUCGCGGCAGCAUGCGGCGGCCUCGAUCUCAAGCCCAAGUGCGUGCACGACAAGAAGAAGAAGUAA